CAUUACUACUCCAUAUUUCUUACCAUUCAUUAAUAAGUAAUGUGCCUUAUCGGCACCCUUAAUCACAACUCGAACCCAGUGCCAACAGCCAGACCAAGUUUAGUAGCCUCAAUUCGGCUCAAGUUGAAAAGAAAGUGAUUUCGGGUAUUGCUGGGCUAUUAAUUCGUACAGGCCGAGCAAGAAAUUGAGAGAGACAUACGGCUAUAAAUAUCAACGUCAAGUCGACCAAAGGGCACAUUUGGUUAUGGCAUUACUAAUAUCAAGUUGUGUACCAUUAUUGUUGCUACUGCUGUCAGCCAAUUUCGGGUCGGUCAAGGCCUAUUCCUCGGAGGAUUUACUUAUCUGGUUGCAGCAUAGUAAUUUAGGAUAUCAAGUGCUGCAACAAGCACUCAAUGACAGUCAGGUAGAAAGGACGAAUUUGGAAAUCUCAUGUGUGUCAGAAGUCCACAAACUCCUUCAAGAGGCUAACAAUAAAACUUUAUCGGCUCUUAAAGUUCUAGAUGCCUGGGGUAAAUAUCCACAAGGCCUGCUCUACGGCCACUUCUCGGAUAUGGGAAACUACGAGUCCUGUCUGAGUUUCAAGGACAACAGCAGCAAAUAUUGUCUGGCCAAUAUAAAAUUUGACAACUUGAUUCCAGACUCGAUGGAUAGUUUGGCAUUAAAUAUAGGCACCUGCAUUCCAUCAGCAUGCAGUGCGAACCAACUUAAUUAUUGGCUUAGCAACUAUCUGAGAGAUAUUUUUGGCGAGACCUCCCCAACGAAUGGAACUCUAGUGGAAGAGUAUAAUUGCGCAGUGGCUGAUCGGCAACCAUUGUCCGGACUAGACUGGUUUGCAAUCUGUGUAUUUGUCCUCUUAGCCCUAGUGGUUCUUUUGGCCACCAUAUUGGAUUAUAGAGAAGUUUCUAGCAAGCUACUCCUUUCCUUUUCCCUACGUCAAAAUGUUCCUCAAUUGGUAAAGACUAAGUCGACAACUGCCGCUCAUAUGAUACCUUGUUUGCAUGGCAUUCGAUGCCUUACAAUUAUAUGGAUCAUCUACGGCCAUGGAUAUAUGUUUCUGCUGUUGGCUCCGAAUGUGAAUGCCUAUGACAUUGUAGCCUGGGCCCAAACACCUUACUCCAUGAUACUGCAGAGUGGUUCCAUCUCGGUGGACACGUUCUUUCUACUCAGUGGUUUACUGUUAGUAAUGAGCACUUUGCGGGAACUAGAGCGUAAUUCGGGUCGUCUUAAUGUCCCUGUUAUGUAUCUGCAUCGCUUUGUACGUCUUACUCCUGUCCUGGCCUUGGCUGUGCUUUUCUUCAUGACACUUUUUCCACGUCUGGACGAUGGUCCUUUUUGGAAGAUGUUUACGGGGUCUUCUCAACUGUGCAGGGAAACCUGGUGGGCCACUUUACUAUAUGUUCAAAAUUAUGCAGCAGCUGGAAAGAUGUGCCUCGGACAUUCUUGGUACCUUGCUGUGGAUAUGCAACUGUAUAUCCUUUCGCCAAUUCUACUAAUUGCUCUUUACAAGUGGGGCAGAAAAGCUGCUGCUGUCAUUGUUGUCAUAAUUUUGCUACUAUUUGGUUGUGUCUUUAGUAUUGUCAUGCUUAAUAACCUUCAAGUUUUCCAACGCAAUGGAAAUCUGGGAGCAGACUCGGCAGAGAUGCGUCUCAUAUACUACACCACACAUGCGCGUGCUAAUCCAUGGCUAAUCGGCUUACUGUUUGGAUAUUUCCUGCAUUGCAAUAGCUAUCGCAAGCAGUUUCCCAAAUGGUUAUCCUUUAGUGUCUGGCUAAUAGCUUUAUCUCUAAUAGUCACUGUGCUCUUUGCCGUCUAUCCGUACACCCAGACAGGAUCGGGUGAUAUAUCUCCACUGUCCGGCGCCUUCUAUAUAUGCUGCAGCCACAUUGCCUGGCCCUUAGCGCUGUGCUGGCUAAUUUGGGCAUGUCAGACAGGUCAGGCCGGUUUAAUUAACUCGUUUCUCAGUUGGUCAUUUUGGCAACCUUUGUCUCGGCUUUCAUAUUGCCUUUACAUCUGGCAUCUAUUGGUGGAAACAGCUCAUAUGGCCCGCAUAAAGACGAGCCUUCAUUUCUCAAACUAUGACACGGUUCUACAAUUCUGGUCACAUUUUGGAAUUACUUUAAUGGUAUCAACUGUGAUGUACUUAUGCAUUGAGGCACCCCUAGUUAAAUUGGAAAUGCAAUUAUUAAGCCCACGGAGAACGGCUGAUAACAAACCAAAUUCAGCUUCUAAUACAAAUACCGUAUCGGUGGUUGGAGUUUCACAGCAAAAUCUUGUCAAUGCCUAGUUUAUCAGUAUUUAGUAAUUUGGUAAUACCUCCAAUACACAUUCGUACCUUUUUUUGCACAUCAAUCGUGGUUGCUUUAUUACCACUGAUGAUUGAUGAAUACCUCAACCAA